AUGAGUGCUAAUAGUAUUAAUGAAGAUAUAUUUAAUCCAAAUAAUGAUAGUACCUCUGCACCAAAGGAAGCUUCAACAAAUGUAAUUCCUUCAAAUGCCACAUGUCGUAUCUGUAGAGGUGAAGCUACUCCUGAUAAUCCUUUGUUUCAUCCAUGUGAAUGUAAAGGUUCCAUCAAAUAUUUGCAUGAACCUUGUCUAUUAGAAUGGAUUUCAGCUAGAAAUCUUGAUGUAAAUAAACCUGGGAGUAUCAUAAAAUGUGAUAUCUGCCAUUAUCCAUUCAAAUUCAAAACCAAGUAUUCUGAUAACAUGCCUGAUCAUAUCCCGAUAUCUGAAAUUGUAAAAAACUCCUUAUUAAAUUGUGUCGCUAAAAUUUAUUCUACUUUAUUAAUCGCUAUAUCGUUGAAUUUAUUUUUCUUUGGUAUACCAUUAGUAUGGAAUUUUUUUGGUAAGUGUUACACUUUCAUGUUAGAUGGACAACUACCAUUUCAUGGUCAAUUUUGGAAAAGUGUUUUAUUAGGUUAUAGAGAAAAAUAUUUUUUUAAUAAUGAAAGUUUUGACUAUUCUUUUUAUUCAAUUAUUUUAACUCUUUUGGAAAACACUAAAUUUUCAUCUAUACAAAUUGCAUUGAUUAUUAUUCUACAUUUAGCUUUGUAUUUCCAAUAUGAUAUGAUCGUCAGAGAAGAAGUGUUUAGUAAAAUGGUCUUCCAUAAGAUUGGCCCCAAUUUUUCUGUGGAGGAAAUGAAAAAUCGUUUAAAAGCGACCUUCCCUGCUAUGGAAGAUGAAAUGCUAGACCAAGUAGCAACCAUGAUGAGAGAUCGUGAAAGACGUGAACAUGAAGCUAGACUAGACGAAGAAGAAAGGGCCUAUAACAGACAAUUUGAUAUACCUGAAGAAGAGAUCGAACCUAUCACCGAACACACAAAUGAGCUUCCAACUGGUCAACAACAACAAGAAAAUGAAGAAAAUAAUGAACAAGAAGAAGGUGGUCAUGACACUGAAGUUAAUGAUCCAGAUUAUGUAAUAGGUGAUGAUCAUACUACCGAUUCAGAUGUUGAUACUGUGGAUUCUGAAGGCGAUCAUAAUAUCGAUCCAAAUGAAAUUGAUCAUUUACAAGAAGAGAGAAAUCAGGCAUUAAGAAAUGUUGCUGAAGUUGCUGAGGAAAACCAUAAUAACAAUGUAUUUGCUGAACCUUUAGUCCGUCCUGUACGUCCUCCACAACCACUUCAACAACCAAGGAAUGCAAACGAAAACAUCGAUGCACAAGAAAUUAUUAAUGAAUUACAGGGCAACCAAAAUAAUAUUGAACAAGUAGCACCAUUUUUGAUUAAUAUUAAUUUAAAACCAACCAUGGUUCUUGUUUAUACUAUGGCAGCAGUUGCAAUUAUUAGCAUCUAUAUUUUGAUUUCAUAUUAUAUUCCCUCUUUGCUUGGUUAUAUGCUAAUUUAUUUAUACUCAAGUGUCAUUAGUAUAUUUAUUCGUGGUUUAAUCAGUUUAUUUCAUUUAACAAAUUGUGAUAGUGUUUUUAGCUUAUUGUUCAGUAAAAGUCCAUACUUCAACAAUAUAGCCGCCUGGUUCAAUGAAAAUUUAGCUCAUUUUGUUGUGAAAUAUUAUCACGGUUAUGUGCAUAAUACUCUGCCAACGUCUUUGUUUGUUAGAAGUGUACCUGCUCUAACAACUUAUUUAACUGCUAUUGCUAUGAUCUGUACUGCCUCAACCUAUGUUUCAAAGGGUUACAGUCGUAGAAACGGUAUGUCAAACUCUACUAGAAGAUUAAUCUUCCAAUUGUUAUUUGCCAUUAGAUGUACUUUUAAAGUAUUCAGUUUAUUUUUUAUAGAAUUGGCUGGUUUCCCAAUUAUUGCAGGUGUUAUGUUAGAUCUUUCAUUAAUAUCGCCGAUCCUUGAUUCAUCAACAAGUUGGUUAUGGAUUCCAAAAAUGUGUUGGUUUUGGACUAAGGCUUCUAUCAUUGUUUAUUGGAUCAUUGGAACUUUGUAUAUGUAUUGGUUUGCCAAAUAUAUUGGGAUGAUUAGACAAUACAUUAUCAGACCAGGGGUGUUAUUCUUUAUCAGAUCACCAGAUGAUCCAAAUAUUAAAAUAUUGCAUGAUAGUCUAAUACAUCCAAUGGGAAUUCAACUUUCUAGGCUUUGCCUGUCAAUGUUUAUCUAUGCAAUCUUUAUUUUGGCUGGAUUUGGUAUCCAUACUAGAUUAAUUUUUCCACUAUUGUUUGCAAACAAUUUCCUUAACACUUACAAACCAUUUAGUGAAGUUAAUUUUGUAAAUGUGUUGACUAUGUUAACAUGUUUUUAUUUAGCUAAAUUAAUCAUUGAAAACAACAGAAAUGUUAUCGUUCUUGUUAGAAAGUAUUGGAUUAAAGUCUUCCAAGUUAUCUCUAGAAAAUCUCGUCUAUCAUCUUUUAUUUUAGGGAAAGAUUAUUCUUUGGAACGUGGUCAUAUCUUAUAUCGUAAUUAUUUCUAUAAAUUUUUUGCGCCUAAAACUGCACAAUGGUCCAAUCCUGAUUUAUUCUCAAAUCCAAAAACCGAAACUAGUGCUAAACAAUUAUUUAAAGAAAAUGAUAUGAUCCAUGCAUAUUUCAUUCCAGAUGGUAUGUUGAUGCGUGUUCCAUCUUCUGAUAUUGUUUCCAGAAACUAUGUUCAAACAAUGUUUGUUCCUGUAACGAAAGAUGAUAAAUUAUUAAAACCAUUAGAUUUGAAGAAAUUAAAGGAAAGAAACCAAAAAAAUGCAGGCGAGUUUGCUUACUUAGAUCAACAGAAUACAGAGUUUGACGACUAUUUUGUGUGCUAUGUUCCACCAAAUUUCAAAUUUAGGUACAUCUCUUUAAUUGUGCUAACUUGGUUGUUUGCAUCUUUGCUGAUUAUUGGUAUUGCGGUAGCUUCACAAUACACUUUUAAUACAUUGACGCUAGUGAUAUUGCCUUUAUUAUGGGUCUUAAGAAAAAAGAACGAGUUAGGCUCAUUUAUUACUAUAAUACUUGAUAACUACAAGCAUGCCAACUUACAAUAUGUCUGUUUGGGUGCAAUUAUUUUAUGUUUAAGCGUAGAUUAUUACCAAAAACAUCAACUAUCUAAAUUCUUUUUCCACGAACAUGCCAUUGAUCCACACGAUGAUCAACAUGCUGUUAAUGAUGAACCAAUAGAACCACAAGCAAAUGAAAAUCAGAGAAACCCACUUGAAAUUAUACAACAAAGCUGGAUUAUAAGAAUGAUUGCGGCUAGUUUUAUGCUAUUUAUCUCUAGAGCUGUUGAAAUAGUAUACUUAUGUAUGGUCAUGUACAUGUGUUUCUUUUCUAUUGGCUAUUGGCUAUCAAGAUUGAAUGAUUAUUUAGCAACUGGGAAAUAUAACCAUCUUGCCUUAGAUCAAGUUAAGGUAAUUGAUUCUGGUAUUCAAAUUGUUAGUUUUUUCGUUAUUUCAUACGUUAUACUAGAUACAAAGCCAACUGCCAUUGGACGUUUAGCUAAUCAGCCUAUCUCAUCUAUAGUAAGAAUUGUUUGGAGAAGUAAAUUAAAAGCUACUUUGAAAUCUACACUAAUUCUUGGUGGAUUCCUUAUCCUUAAUAUGGGUGGAUGCGUAUUGUCUGAAUACUAUUUAAACCAGGGUGUUUUCAAUACAUUGGAUGAUUGCAUGGCCUUUAUAAAAAUACACAAUUUUAAAACAAAGGAUUUUAUGAUAACACAUACUACUGAGCUACAUUUUACCAUAAUUAGUAUUGUCAACUCUUUAUUUAUUUUAAGAUACUUGAUGACAAGUCUAAAGAUAUGGUUUGGUAAGGCAACACAAGAUGUUAAAGACCAAGUUUAUGCAAGUGGAAGAGCACUUGAAAAUUAUGAUAUACAGAAUUAA